AUGGCGGCCAGGAAGCCGUGUGGUGGCGUUUCUGCCCUGGAGGCGGCGCUGGCGGUCCUGUUCGUCCUCAUGACGGCGGUGAGCGUGACGCUGAUCACUCUGAUGGCGACCUGGAACACACAGACCGGUCCAGAAGACAAACCUUACCUGAUCGGAGUGGGCCGAGCAGACUGCACCGGGCCACCAGCUGAAAUCCCUCUGAUGGGUUAUGCGAACCCUCAGCAGACGGCUGCAGGCAUACACACUCGCCUGUACAGCCGAGCCUUCAUCAUCGACGACGGGAGGCGGAGAGUCGUGUUUGUCACCGCUGACGUGGGAAUGAUAUCCCAGAGGCUGCGACUGGAGGUUCUGCAGGCGCUGCAGGUGAAAUAUGGGGACCUGUACAGCCAGCAGAACGUGGUUCUUAGUGGGACUCACACUCACUGCGGACCGGGUGGAUACUUCCAGUACACGCUGUUCAUGAUCAGCAGUAAAGGCUUCAUAAAGGCGUCCAUGGAGCCGCUGGUCGACGGCAUCGUCAAGAGUAUAGACAUAGCCCAUCGUAACAUUAAGCCAGGCAGGAUCUACAGGAGCAGAGGAGAGCUGGACGACAGCAGCCUGAACAGAAGUCCUCACUCAUACCUGAAGAACCCCGAAGAGGAGAGAGACAGGUAUCAGUGGAACACAGAUAAACAGGUGUUGGUGCUGAAGUUCACUGAUCUGGAUGGAGACGGGAUCGGCAUGCUCAGCUGGUUCGCCGUCCAUGCCGUCAGCAUGAACUCCACCAACCGGCUAGUGAGCAGCGACAACAUAGGCCACGCCUCCUACCUGCUGGAGCAGGACAAGAACCGGGGACAGCUACCUGGACAGGGCAGCUUUGUUGCUGGGUUCUCCUCCAGUAACCUCGGAGACGUCAGUCCGAACACCAGAGGACCUCUUUGUAUGAACACUGGACGACCAUGUGACUACCUGAACAGCUCCUGUCCUGUAGGAGGGACUAAGAUGUGUAUGGCGUUUGGACCUGGAGCCGACAUGUUCGACAGCACGAGGAUCAUUGGACACAACAUCUACAGGAAGGCCAAGGAGCUGUAUGACAGGGCAGUGGAGGAGGUGACGGGCUCCCUUCAGUCGGCUCAUCAGUUUGUGAACAUGACGGACGUCUCUGUUCAGAUCAACGACACACACACAGUCAGUACUUGUAAACCAGCUCUGGGUCACAGCUUUGCUGCAGGAACAACAGAUGGAGGAGGAGACCUCAACUUCACUCAAGGCGCUGUGGAGGGCGACCCCUUCUGGGACGGGAUCAGAGACGUUCUCCUCGGCGAGCCGUCCAAUCAGACGCAGGAGUGUCAUCAGCCGAAACCCAUCCUGUUAAGCACGGGGGAGAUGAACUGGCCUCUUCCGUGGCAUCCUCAGAUCGUUGACGUUCAGAUCAUCACCAUCGGCUCUGUAGCCGUCGUAGCUGUUCCUGGAGAGAUGACCACCAUGUCGGGGAGGAGGCUACGAGAAGCCGUCAGACAGGAGCUGCAGUCGGAGGGGGCGUUUAGGGACACGGAGGUGGUGAUUGCUGGCCUGAGUAACGUCUAUACUCACUACAUCACCACCUAUGAAGAGUACCAGGUGCAGCGGUACGAAGGAGCCUCCACCAUCUACGGUCCGCACACGCUCAGUGCGUACCUGCACAAGUACCGAGGUCUGGCCCGAGCCAUCGCACAGGACAGAGUGUCGGAGCUGCCGCUCGGACCUCAGCCUCCUUUCUUUCAAGAGAAUCUCUUCAAUCUGCUGCCUGCACCGACCGUGGACCGAAAACCUGAGAACAGCAGCUUUGGAGACGUCCUGCAGCAGGUGUACCCCGUCUACAGACAGGGGGACGUUGUCUCGGUCACCUUCGUAGCAGGAAACCCCAGAAACUCCGGAGACAUCAGAGAUACAACUUUUGUCACUGUGGAGAUUCAUGACAACAGAACAGACACCUGGGAGAUCAUCCACACUGAUGCAUCAUGGGAGACCAGGUUUCUCUGGUUGAAGGGUUCGAACCAGCGGAGUAACGCCACCAUCGAGUGGCACAUCCCCCCGUCGGCCCCCAGCGGCUCCUACCGGAUCCGACACUAUGGCCACUACAAGCAGUGGGCGGGCUGGCAGACCUUCAUCACCGCCUACCAGGGGACCUCCGACGUAUUCAGGGUCUCCGCCAGCUUCUACUACCAGUGA